UGCAGCGGCCAGACACCCCUGGCCAAGUGCCGGGGACGACGACGACGAGGAGGAGGAGGAGGAGGAGGAGGCGGCGGCUGAAAUUAGAGAUGCUGCCCGGUUGAAGCGGGGCGGAGGAGCGGGCCGGGCUUGCGCGCGCUUGAGGUACCUGUGGUGUUUGGUAGCCUAAGUCCUCGCUGCCGCCGCCGCCGCCGCCGCGACCAUGGCCAUCGCGCACAUCGCCACCGAGUACGUCUUCUCGGACUUCUUGCUGAAGGAGCCGUCGGAGAGCCGGUACAAGGGGCUGCGGCUGGAGCUGGCCCUCGACAAGCUGGUCACCUGCAUCGCCGUCGGGCUGCCGCUGCUUCUCAUCUCGCUCGCCUUCGCGCAGGAGAUCUCCAUAGUUUUUCCCGUACAUCCUUCUGCUCCUCGCCAUCUUGCUGUACCUGCCGUGGCUCUUUUGGCGCUUCACCGCAGCGCCCCACCUUUCUUCAGAUCUGAAAUUUAUCUUGGAAGAACUUGACAAGGCUUAUAACCGAGCCAUCAAAGCGGCCAACAGUUGCCGGAACUGCGAUGCCAGAGACGCAGCCAGCUCCCCGCCUGCCAUCGAAAAUAUUGCACAGAGUUUAUGGGAGAUCUCCGACAGCCACUUUAAGUACCCCAUUGUGGAACAAUAUCUGAAGACAAAGAAAGGCUCCAAGAACUUAAUCAUCAAAUACAUUAUUUGCCGUUUGCUAACCUUGAUCAUCAUCCUCUUUGCUUGCCUCUUCCUGGGUUAUUAUAUCAGCUUGUCCUCCCUGACUGAUGAGUUCAUUUGCAACGUCAAAACCGGGAUACUAAAAAACGACACGAACAUCCCAGAGCGAUUUCAGUGCAAAAUGAUUGCCGUCGGGGUCUUCCAGCUGCUGAGUUAUAUCAAUUUCAUCGUGUACGUGCUGAUCACGCCGCUGGUGAUCUACGCCUUCUUCGUCCCCCUCAGGCAGAGCUCAGACAUCCUCCAGGUCUACGAGCUUCUGCCGACGUUUGAUGUCCUCAAAGUCAAGGCGAAACACUACAACGACAUGAGCCUCUACCUGCUCUUUCUGGAGGAAAACGUGAGCGAGCUGAAAUCCUACAAGUGCCUCAAAGUUCUGGAGAGCCUCAAAGGCAGCGGGGAGAGGUUUGACGCCAUGCAGCUCCUGAGGAACCUGGGCUCCAUUAAAAUGGAUGCCAUGGACGCCAAGCCAAACACCACCCACAAGGAGAAUAGGAAAAAAACGGAAGUGGAAAUGUCCAAUGAUGCAGCAGAAUUGAAAGAUCUGUCGGAGCCAAAAUUGCCUGAUGAUACUGAAGGAACAAGUAAAGACGGCAAGAUUCGCCAGAGACUUCUAGAUUCUUCUUGCUGAUGGGUUCAGCCUGUGGUUGAUAGGUGCUGAAAGCCAUUUUGAGCAGCUGAGGCCUCAAGCCAUCUCUAUUACACCACAUGAUUGCCUUCCCACUGAGUUUACAAGGACCCGGGACAGAAAGGCGAAUAAUUGUUUGAAAAUAAUUGAGCUGUCUGUGUUUACAUGUCUACAGUUUACAUGAAUAUUAUGCCUAGAGAUACACUGACGAGGUGAACUAUGUCAAUUCUCAUUAAGAAUUGGGAAGGCUGAAGUACUGAACUUGAGAGAAAAGAAGUAAAAUAAAAAUAUUUCAGAUUGGUUUCAUAGAUGUGUAGACAUCAGUUCCACAUUAUUCAGUAUCUUCAGCCAUAACGGAGUAACAAAUGAACAAAAAUCAACACAACAGUUGGCAACGUAAUAGUGACACUACAAAUACUCGUCAUGUAAGUAAGUCAAGUAUUAUAUUCUUUAGUCUAUACCACUUUGGAUAAAACUAUGGAAGCAAACAAGUAGUUCUGUGGAUAAAGUGUUAAUUAUACCUUUCACUUGUGCCUGUCUUCCAUGAGAUUUUACAGUUCGGAGAUGGAGAAUUGGUGACUAUCUACAGAUAGAUGAACACCUAUUAUCCCUCUCAUUAAUCCUAUUGUUGCCACAGGCUGGACGUGGUGCUUUCAACAACCUUUGAGAUUCCAGUGCUUCUAUGCAACAAGGAAUACAGUAUAUUCUGUUAAUACCACCAGUUAUAGAACUACCUUAAAAGUUAGUAGCUUCAGGAUAGUGAAAUGGAAUACUAAAAAAAAAUUGGAAACACUUCCUUGAACCUUAUCUGUCUGGUUUUCCUACUUCAUGGCUGUAUGUGUACUGCUAUAUACACAAAAACCAAAAUAUUAAGCAACUAGUACUGGUAGGAGAAUGUUUGAAACUUUUGAACCAAGACGUGUUGAGAGUGGCCUACACAAAUAGAAAAUUACAAGUUUUGGAUACCUCGCCACUCUAAAAAAGACUUUAAACUCUUCUACAAGGUAGGUUGAUUUUUACAAGUGAAUCUAGAAAAAAAGGUUCUUUCAAUUGCUUAUGGAGACCAACUUAUGCAUCAGCAAAAUAUUGAAUGAAAUAUAUCGAAGGUAGAAGUCUCCUUAACUCUUAAUAAAUUCACCAGUGCAGUUUUCUUCACAGGUUGGAAGUAGUUUACUAGUGUCCCUUCGGAUGUUUUUCCAAGUCCUAGAUCAAGUACACAGAUAUGCGAUUAUUAUUAUUUUUUGUGCAAACUUACAGGAGCAACGAACCAGCUGCAACUCUGCUUAGCAAUUUCAAGAUCAGUUCUGUAUUACCAUAUCUUGUAGCCAUAUAGGAGUGAUGGUUCCAAAUUUAAGUUGGUCCCUUACACUCUUCUAUAAUAAAAAGAAGGUUCUGUUACUACAUUUUCAUCUAUUCCAAGAUGAUUUAAUGUUUUAAAGAUAAAUUAAGGAUAAAACUUUUCAGAUAAAUAGUGUAUAAUGCAAUUCCUCCUUUAUUACAACCACUCUUAUAAAGGAGCUGCGACAGAGGUAUUUUGGAUAAGUUCUUCAAUUAGGUUCUUUAGUGUUGAAAAAAGCUUUUAAAAAGACAAAGGAUUGUCCAUCCAUCUCUGAAAAAGAUACUUCAGUGUUGUUCUAACCCAUGCUUCCUUAAACAGCAAGAAACAGAGUCUGGGUCCCGGCAAAACCUCUUUUAUUUACACGACUGUGAAUUCCUUUCAUUCACUGUCAGCAAGGCUUAGCAAAUAG